UUAAUCAUCAUCACUUUGAAAUCAUUUCUCAACUUAUUUAGGUACUCUUUCUUUCAUAUUGUUCGCUUCAAAAAAUCGCUAUGCAUCAUCAACUAUAUUAUUUUAUAACUUUCCUGCUAUGUUGUGUUGUGGUUGAUGCAUCAAGUGGUAAUCAUGAAGCUGAGGAGUACUGGAAAGCGAAACUACCCACUGUUGCUAUGCCAGAAGCCAUCAAGAACAAUUUGCUUUUAUGGAACGGAGAAAAAUCUCUUGUGAAGAAUGGAGGAGAUUUUGAUAGCAAUAUGGGCAAUAUUGAUGAUGUUAUUGUAGUAACGAUCUCAAAAAAGAUAUACGAGAAAAAGGAGCAUGAAAAGUUAAGCCUACGUGCAUGGCUUACAAUGCAUCAUGGUGGAGUUUUUGUGGAGAAAAACCUUCUUGUUGGAAUGAAGUUGAAGCAUGAGUUUCAUAAUAUAGAGAACGUUCCUUUUUUGCCAAAGAAAAUGGAAAAAUCCAUGCCCUUUAGUAAACAUAAAUUUACAAACAUAUUGGAUCGUUUGUCUAUAAAACAUAAUUCUUUAGACGCAACAACAAUGAAUAAGACUAUUUGGCUAUGCUUGGAUAUACCUUUGGAAAAUGAUGAAAAAAGGACUUGUAUUCAAUCAUUGGAGGGCAUGGUAGAUUAUGCAAUAAAAGAGUUGGGAACAAAGAAUUUGAAAGUGUUCACGAUGAAUACCGACGCCAAAUAUCCAAAUGUGAAACAAGAAUAUAUAGUUACUGAAGUAAAGAAGUUGGUAGUACCGGGUAACUAUGCAUUGGGGUGUCAUAAAUUGAGCUACCCAUACGCAGUUUAUCUUUGUCACCGCCAAAAAGAGAUUAGCCAAUACGCUGUGACAUUAAUUAAUACAGUUACAAAGGUUGCCAUAGACAGUAAUGUCAUUUGCCAUAAUGACUUAUAUGCUCCUGAUGUUCCUGCCCUUAGGGAACUUGGAAUUAUGCCUGGUGAAGGACCAAUUUGUCAUCUCUAUGUUGUUGAUGACAUAAUUUGGACUGUUAAUCCAAAUCAAAACUAAUUAUAGUUGCUUAUUCUAAGGUUUAAGUUUAUAUGUUUGGAUCCAUGUGUGUUUGAUGGAUAUUUAUAUGAUAUUUAAAUAUAUCUUUUCUUUUGAGUUAAAAUUUAGUAUAUCUUUGUUUCAUUUUAUACAUACUUAAAUAUGUAGAUAGAGUUUGGAUAUGAUUUUAAGAAAGAGGUCGUAUUCUUAAAGGGGACAGCUCCACAAGUAUGUGAUCCAAAGAGAAACAAUCCAAAUGUGAGUGAUGAUGUGCACAAAGCUCUCAUCAAGGAUUACAAAUGACUGUAUAUUUGCUCGAAUAAUAUGAAUUUUUGAAUACAUGUUUGAUCUAGGUCGUCAUGUUGUGAUAUGUACUUACACUUUGUCAUUUGUUUAAUUGUUUUUAUAUAUUUAUUCUUAGCAUAGUUUGUUACUUGUGAGCUUAGUGCAACUUAUGAGGAGUUGAAUAA